UUGGAUGCGUCCGGCGCUCCGCAGGCUCCCUACGCCGACGCUCGCGCGCGCGCACGCAGCACUUCCGGCCGCGGCGGCCUGGGCGCCGUCCCCGGUGGCGGAGCGGGAUGCGGCGCUGAGGGCAGAGGGCGCCAUGAACCUGCUGCCGUGCAACCCGCACGGGAACGGGCUGCUGUACGCGGGCUUCAACCAGGACCACGGGUGCUUUGCCUGUGGGAUGGAAAACGGAUUCCGCGUGUAUAACACAGACCCGCUGAAGGAGAAGGAGAAGCAAGAAUUCCUGGAAGGAGGAGUUGGUCAUGUUGAAAUGUUGUUUCGCUGCAACUAUUUAGCUCUUGUUGGUGGCGGGAAGAAGCCGAAAUACCCGCCCAACAAAGUGAUGAUCUGGGACGACCUGAAGAAGAAGACUGUGAUUGAGAUAGAAUUUUCCACCGAAGUGAAGGCGGUCAAGUUGCGGCGGGAUCGCAUCGUCGUGGUUCUGGACUCGAUGAUCAAGGUGUUCACGUUCACGCACAAUCCCCAUCAGCUGCAUGUCUUUGAGACCUGCUACAACCCUAAAGGCCUCUGUGUCCUGUGCCCCAAUAGCAACAACUCGCUCCUGGCCUUCCCGGGGACACACACGGGUCACGUCCAGCUGGUGGACCUGGCCAGCACCGAGAAGCCGCCUGUGGACAUCCCCGCGCACGAGGGCACCCUCAGCUGCAUCGCCCUCAACCUGCAGGGCACGAGGAUCGCCACCGCCUCGGAGAAGGGGACCCUUAUCAGAAUAUUUGACACUUCAUCGGGGCAGCUGGUCCAGGAGCUGCGGAGAGGGUCCCAGGCAGCCAACAUUUACUGCAUUAACUUCAAUCAGGAUGCCUCGCUCAUCUGUGUGUCCAGUGACCACGGCACUGUACAUGUGUUUGCAGCCGAAGAUCCGAAGAGGAAUAAGCAGUCGAGUUUGGCAUCUGCCAGUUUCCUUCCAAAGUACUUCAGUUCCAAGUGGAGUUUCUCCAAGUUCCAGGUCCCCUCAGGCUCUCCGUGCAUUUGUGCCUUUGGAACGGAGCCCAACGCAGUCAUUGCGAUCUGUGCAGACGGCAGCUACUACAAGUUCCUGUUCAACCCCAAAGGGGAGUGCGUCCGUGACGUGUACGCGCAGUUCCUCGAGAUGACCGAUGACAAGCUGUGACCGGCCACCAGCCGGUGGUCCGUGCCUGCCUCCCCACGGGCUCCCGGGGCUAGUGCCAACGCCCUGUGGGCCUCGUCGGGCGGGGCUGGAGGGACCACCCGGGCCCUUGCCCUCGAAGCCGUCUGCUUUUCUCCGCAGGGACAGCCCGGGCCGUCCGUGGCUGCUCCCUGUAACGCAGCUGU